GUUCAUUAUCCAUCCAUGGCUACCAUAACUGCUGCAACUUCCAGAAUUGGAAUUCAAUGCAACUUCGAACCUCUAAAGCACCAUAAUUUCAACAGUUGUAUCAAGUUCUCUCUUUCGAUUCCCUCUAUUUCAAGCCCUAAUUUCUCUUUUCACAAGCUUUCAUUACAUACAAUGCCGGCCAAUUCGUUCCGAGCCAACGCUUCCUCUGCUAUAGACGCUCCAAGUGAAGAAUUGGAGGCUUCUUCAAGGGGGGGCAUUGGAGCAAACGACUUGUUAAUUGUAGGACCUGGAGUUCUUGGGCGUUUAGUGGCUGAAAGAUGGAGAGAGGAAUACCCAGGCUGUCAGAUUUUUGGGCAGACAAUGACCACUGAUCACCAUGAUGAACUUAUUAAAAUGGGAAUUAGUCCAUCUUCAAGAGAGACCAAGUUUACGUCUAAGUUCCCUUAUGUUAUAUACUGUGCUCCUCCAUCCCGAACUGAAGACUACCCUGGUGAUGUUAGGGACGCUGCAUUAAAGUGGAGUGGUGAAGGCUCUUUCCUAUUUACCUCAAGCUCUGCACCAUAUGACUGCUCUGAUAAUGGAUCAAUAGAUGAGGAUGGUCCCAUAGUCCCAAUUGGAAGGAGCCCAAGGACUGAUAUACUUCUCAAGGCAGAAGAAGUAGUGCUGGAGUUUGGUGGCUGUGUUGUUAGAUUGGCGGGUCUUUAUAAGGAAGACAGAGGUGCACACACAUAUUGGUUACAUAAAGGAACUUUGGAUAUUCGCCCUGAUCACAUCCUCAAUCUUAUCCAUUAUGAGGAUGCUGCCUCCUUGUCAGUGACCAUUUUGAAGAAGAGGGUCCGCAGUCGGAUUUUUUUGGGUUGUGACAACCACCCCUUAUCCAGGCAGGAACUAAUGGACUUGGUCAAUAAAAGUGGGAAGUUUGAGAAAAAGUUUGAGGGUUUUACUGGAACUAGUGGCCCUCUAGGGAAGAAGUUAAACAAUUCAAAAACUCGUGCUGAACUAGGAUGGGAGCCUAAAUAUCCAAGCUUCGCUCAGUUCCUUGGAGUUUCAGAUUAAAUUGCUGCAGGUGCUCUAUUCUUUUGAAUUAUUGAAGAAAUGCGGGUGAACUAUUUUCACAGAGUAGUCUUUUAAUGCGGCAUAUUCUGAUCAUUGUUUUUGUGCACUUAAUUGCACCAUGUUGUGCAGAUAUUGUGUGUGUAACAUAAUUAUGAGUUUUGGUUUA